AUGCCGCCCAAGCCAGGAAAUGCGACGCGGGCGAAGGAGAUGGAAGAAUACGACAAGGAGCAGUUCAUGCUCAUGCAGCAGCGGCACAAGCUGCAGAAGGACACGCAGCUAGAGGUCAGAAAUACAAAGUACAACAUGAGCCGGAUUCAGGAAAGCUGGCUAAAGAUCAUGCGUUCAGCGAAAACCAAGCAGCUGAAGAAGCAGGUUGAGAUCAUCUCCCAGAACCACGAGCGUGAUGUCGAUCGCAAAGAUGCCAUCCUCCAGAUGUUGGAUCGAGACCUGGAUGAGGCGGAGGAGCAACACCAGGUGGCUGUGAGAAGCCACCUCCUCAACGUGGAUCGCCUCCUGGAGAUACAGCAGAGCAGGCUCCUUGCCUUGGACGAAGAGUUCAAGCGCGACGUUGCCACGCUCCAGGAGGAGUUCCGAAUUGAACGAGAGCACAUCCAGGAACGGCAUGCUCUAGAGAAGCGAGAACUUGCGCUGAUCGUAGAGCAAGUGGAGCGUGAAGAGAAGAAUCGAGAAAUGGCAGACAUCACUGACCACCAGUCCCAGUUUGAGCUCAUCCGCAACAAGAACAUCGAGGAGGACCACCAGAUGCGCUCUGGCCUUGAGGAGCAGAUCGAAGAGACUCGCGCCAGGUGUAAGGACAAGCUGCUGACCUACGAAAGGUCGACUGAAAACAGCACGACGGAGUACAAGGACUAUCUUCGUCGUGAUGCCACGCUCAGCGACCAGGUGGAACGUCGGCUGCGGCAGGUGGAGCGCAUGCAGGCUGCUAUCCAGCACUGGAAGCAGAAGAUUGCACAGAACCGCCAGGAGUGUGAGGAGCGGAACCAGCAGCUACGAACAGAGAAGGAUCACAUCGCGAAGCACUUCCAGGAGCUCAAGGCGAAGAUGAAUCACUUCCGCACAGAGGGCAAGAAGCGCCUCGCGGACCUGACAAUGAAUGCCAGGAACUGCAUCAAGUCAUUGAAAGAUCAGUUGGGCCUGGCAGAGAGGAUCCUGAAGACGGCAGAGCUUUGCAGGAAGUUCGAGACCGAGCGGGAGAAGGUUCUCCCGUUUUACCUCUCGCGUGACAUCCUCCAAGAAUUUGAAGAGGGUGAGCUCGAGUUCGGAGACGAGGACCUCAAAGAGGAGAUCCGUAAAGAGCUCACAGAUGUUGGCAUCGAUGAGUGGACUUAUUUGGACAACUUCUUCAAACGCUACAACAAGGUGAAGCUGGACUUUCACGCGGUUGAACAGGAGGGAAAGCGCCUCACCAAAGAGAAUGUACAGUUGCGUUCCAUCCUGAAGCAGUUCCUCGAUGGAGUCAGUGUCAAUGAGGAUGUGUUGUCGGCACCGAACCCACUGCUGGUGGUCAACGGCAAGGUGAACCUGAACCACGUGCCGGUCAAGCGCGCGGCAGACAAGACCGUGUACGUGGAGGCAGCGCACCAUGCUGGCAACACCGUCGUCAGGCGCGACGGCUUGAACCCGUGCAGAAAGUUGCAACGCACCCGAUACCUCGCCUUUGGAAGCCAGGCGCUGACGCGUGUCUUCAUGGGUACUUGCUCCGAUGGGAGCAUCUCUGUCGGCCUGCAAAUCUGUGGCCACUUCAGCUCCUCGUGCUCACACUUGCCGGAAACCACAGUAGCUCUCAUUCAAGGAAGACAGUCAUCGACUUUGCGCACUUGUACUGUGUAA